AUGCCGUCGCUUCGAGUGGGUAUUGUUGGUGCCGGUAUAGGUGGCCUGACAGCGGCCAUUGCUAUAUCCCGGAGUGGGUGUAGCGUCACAAUCCUCGAGCAAGGUGUGGAUAUCGGAGAGAUUGGAGCGGGGAUCCAGCUUCAUCCCAACGUCUCUCGUCAAUUGAUCCGCUGGGGGGUUGACAAGAUUAUCGAGAACGACCUCAUCGUGCCGGAGGAGCUCAACACUUGGGACAGCGGGAGCGAACUCCGCCUUAUCGGACGCACAGAUCCCAAACAAGUCGCUAAACAAGCAGGUUUUCCAUGGUGGGUUGUGCGUCGCGAUCACCUUUACACGGGACUCGCUCAGGCGGCUUCUGAGCAUGGAGCCAAGCUCAUCAUCCAGGCAAGAGUUGAACAUAUCGACGACACCACAACCCCUAUCAAGGUCGUCACAUCCUCUGGACAGACAUAUGAAUUUGAUCUCUUGGUCGGCGCAGAUGGCCUCAAGUCUACAGUCAGACAAUAUCUGUAUCCGGGCAUCAUGCCAUACGCGCCGAACAAGCUAUGUGCCUACCGAGGUGUUCUCCCAUUCUCGCUGAUAUACAAAGAAAUACCAGAAGCGAGGCUGUUUGUCGGUAAUAGAUUGGACACUUGGGUCGGACCGAAAGGCUAUGUUCUGACUUACCCUACAUGCGGAGGGAGAGAGCUGAAUGUCGUGACCGCGGCUGAGUCCAAGGACUACGUGACGAAAAUGGAAGACAUCGAGGUCGAAGAGUUUUAUGGAUUUUAUGCCGAUUUCCACCCAUUCAUCCAGAAACUUCUGCGCCUUGUCAAGUACACUAAACGCUGGCCAUUGCUGCAAACACCACGAAUGCCGUCCUGGUCCAACAAGGCCAAGAAUAUCAUCAUGAUAGGCGAUGCAGUCCAUGCCAUGCAGAACCACAUGGCCCAAGGGGCGGGGACGGCUAUUGAAGACGGAGCAUUCCUGGGACAGGUCAUCAGCGAAGUGGCCCGGGGCGUUAUCACUAUCCCCGAGGCCGUGACUCUCUUCGAACAAAGACGGAUGCCCAAAGCAUGGAUCAAACAACAACUCAGCCUCCAAUCCGGAUUCAUGUAUACCUUGACACGACCGGAAGACCUAAAAAAGCGCAACCAGGUGGGCCGGUUUGAAGUUGCGCGGUGGGAGUACAACCCAGCGCGGCCGGAGCAGAGCCAUAUCGAGUAUCGGAAUUGGUCGGUCAGUCGUUGCAUCGAGACGGCCAAGUCGAUGUGGUACUAUGAUGCCGAAGGGGAUGCGGACAACGCGGUCCUGGAGUACCUGAUGAGUAGGGGCGAAGUGGACGAAUUCACCCAGAUGAGUGAGAGUUUGAGCCGUAAAUGGAGCUCGAUUGUCUUCGGAAAUGGUGUGGAUGGCAGCUGGGUCGAGCCCCAAGUCGACUAUCAACACAUGAAGAACUCUCUUUACAAGGCCAACGGCAAGGAGAGAGACGGUAUCCAGGAGUACGGUCUGCAUGAAGAGGACUAUGAGCGGUUUGGAAAGGGCCUAUAG